GAAAAAGAAGCCGAGGCUGAAAAUGAUCCCACCCAACGACCUUCAACUUCCGUGGCUCCUUCCUCUUCUUCCAUAACGAGUGACGUCAUGGCCGUGCCCAGUGGGAGUGGCAUGACGUUUUUACUCAAUUCACCUCUCGAAAAUGAAGAGGACAACUCAAUCAUGAUGGAAGAUUUGAUCGAUGAAAACAACGAUGAGGCGGACAAUGGGGAUGACCCUCGACAGUUUCUGGCUCAAGCUUUGGUCUCGGAUCGUAAUGAGAUUGAACCCGAACCAAUUCCUAGCACGAGUCAAGGUGGAGAGAACCCGGAGGAGGGUGAUGUGGACAUGGUUCAUGCCAAACGGGAGCGCGAACUCACGGACAAGUAUCUCACGGGCCAACUUAGCUUCCGUGAUUUUGUUAAGGAAAUGAGCCUUGAGAGUGAGGAUGAAGAAGCCAUUGAGGAGGAAGAGGGAGAUUCGGACUUGAGCGAUUCUAGUGAUCUCGACUGGACCCCGUCCAAAAAAUUAAAAACGGAGGCCAAAGCCAAGAAGAAGAUUGAUGUGGACGAGCCUGUGGAAGAGGAAAACGAUGAAGAGGACCAUCAUGGCCAUUUUGAAUCCGAGUUCAAUGAAAGCCAAAGGCAACAACUAAGUCGCAAAGGACGGAAAGUGGGCACGAAAAAUAUUCGUCGAAAACGUCUCGAUCCCGCAUUGCAGGGAUUGAUGGGUGAAGCAAACUUACGAUUUGUCCGCGGCGAUCGCGAAACUGCCAUACGAAUGUGUAUGGAGGUAAUCCGGCAAGAUCCAACCGCCCCCGAACCAUAUCAAACGUUAUCCAAUGUUUAUGAGGAAGGAGGCGAACAAGAGAAAUCACUUCAAUUCGCAUUGAUUGCCGCUCACCUCGCACCUCAAGAUGCCGAGGAAUGGGCACGAUUAGCCGAUAUGUCGCUCGAGAUGGGCGAUAGAAACCAGGCUAUUUCUUGCUACAGAAAAGCUAUCGAUGCGGAUUUGGAAAACACUCGUUAUCAUUUGGCACGAUGUAGCUUAUUGGAACAAAGUGGGGAGAUUCGAUCAGCCAUUCGAGGCUAUAAACGGUUGAUUGCAGUUUUGAAAGAAGAUCAAAGUCAAGACUUUAUUAAUGCUUCGAAAGAAUUAGCUCGGCUGCUCCACGUCAAAGAAAAUUUCGAGGCGGCUAAAGAUGUGAUUUAUGAGGCGGUGAAGAAGUAUCCCAGCAUUGUCACUUCCGAAGAGCUGAAUCUGUUGCUUGAGUUGCUAAUUUCCUUGAACCAAAAUGAUGAGGCUUUGGAGGUUCUCUGUAAGUAUUGUUCCACCCAAUUCUCCUCGGAUGUGUCCCAAGAGGAAUUGGAUGAUCUGUCACCCGAAAAACAAUUGGAAGCCUUCUCUAUCGUCAUCAUGCCCGAGGGUACCCCAUUGGACAUCAAGGCCAAACUGGUUAUUGUGCUGGUCAACCUGAAAGCUACCCACUUGGUCAAGGUAUCAUGCAAGGAAAUCAUGGCGAGUGAUCCCGAGGAAUUUGGCGAGAUCUUUUUGGAUAUCGCUGAAGUUCUAAUGACUAACCAGCAUUUCGAUCAGUCCCUGCCAUUCUUGGAGAAGCUCGUCAAGUCGGAGAGUUAUGCUCAGCCGGCCGUUUGGCUAAAAUAUGGAGAGAGCCUCUUUGAAACCAAUUCUUUGGCCGAGGCUGAGCUCGCCUAUCAGAAAGUGGUCGAAUCUGCUCCUCAACAUCACGAGGCUAGACGGACACUAUCGAGUAUCUUGCACAAACUCGGUCGUGCAGAUGAGGCCUUGUUCACCCUGACUCAAGACGAGGACGUUGACUUGCUCAAUCCCACACUACUCUACGAGAAAUGUCAACUACUGUGGAGCGAAGGCUGUUUUGAGGAAUUCGUAGUGAAGGCCAAACUGUUGUUGAGUCGGCAUUUCGUACAGAUCCGCAACAAAGAAGAGCUGCAUGCUAUUGCUUCCGCAAAAAAGUUGGCGAGUAAGAACAAAGCCCUAUCAGAGGUGCGGGCCUACCGACGAGAGCCUUUGAUUCGAGAUUCUGGGCCGUCUUUCGAGUCUGGGACUCAGAUCUCGAUGGAAGAUGAAUAUCUUUUGUUUCGCAAACUCUGUGAUUAUCUUUACGAGCAAAAGCGCUUUGAAGCCCUGCAAAAGGUUUCCUUCUCGGCCAUGGGCUCGCCAUACUUCAAUAAAAAACCUGACAUAGUGAAGGAGUGUGAGUUCCUUUGUCUCAUUUCUUCCUUCCUCAAUGGAGAUUCGUAUCAUGCCUACAAUUUGGUUCGAGAACUCGUCACCAAGGAUAUCAAAAACCCGCGGAUCUGGAACUUGUUCAACCUAGUCAUCAUGCGGGCUGACGAUGUCCGACAUAAUCGUUUCCUAAUGCGGCUAAUGUCAAGAAAUCCGGAUAAUAUCGCUCUUGGAAUUCUUAACGGACACAAUUGCCUGGUGGCCGGGACUUAUAAGUAUUCGUUGGGCGAGUACAUGUCUGCGUUCAAACAAGAGCGGGACAACCCAAUGGUGGCUCUCAUGUUAGGCCUCACAUUUACCCACAUGGCCUGUCAGAAGUUCUCCGCCAAGAAACACAGUCUUGUGGUCCAGUCUUGUGCUUUUCUUCAUAAAUAUUUGCAACUGCGUGGAGUUUGCCAGGAAUCAUAUUACAACUUAGGCCGGGCCAUGCACCAACUCGGUCUUCUACCUGCAGCGUUAUUCUACUACAAAAAGGCUUUAUCCUUGCCUCCGGCCGUCGAGAAUGAUUACAAGUUCAACUUGUGUCGAGAAAUUGCAUUCAACUUGUCGCUUAUAUAUCGGAACUCUGGUGCGAACGAUUUGGCCGCCAUGUAUCUUCAGAAAUAUGUUGUUGUCUAAUGAAAUAAACCACUGCGUGGAACCCGAA